UCGAAUCGUCGAAAAGUUUUUAGGGGGGUUUUGUGUUUUUUCCUCCUUUUUUUUAAUUCAGCCAUCGCCGCCGCCGGCCACGGCGUCUUCGCCGCCCUCCGUUUUUGACCACCAUGGAGACGGCCGACCUCUUCGGCGACAAGUCCAUCAUGGAUCUCGACUCGGAUCCGACCCCAUCGAGGCCGAUCCCGCCCCGGUUCAAGCCCAAACUCAAGGGCAAGACGAAGGCGGAGCCCUCGGCGGAUCCAGAACUCGAUCAAUCGAAGACCGCUGCUCUCUCAAUUCCUACUCCGAUGGAAGUUGACGAUGAUGAUGGGGAUGAAGAAGACAAAGUGGUUUGCGAGAUCGAUGUCUACUGUAAUCGUCUGGAUGAGGAUUCUCAGCUGUAUAUCAUGCAAUACCCGCUCAGACCCUAUUGGCGUCCAUAUGAACUGGACGAAAGAUGUGAAAUGGUUAAAGUGAAACCUAAACAUUCAGAAGUUGAACUUGUUAUGAGUGUGGAUGUUGAGAGUGAGAAUUAUGAUGCGAGUAAGCCUGGGACUCCAAGGUUACAAAAGCAGAUAUUAUCAUCAUCCAGCGCAAGUUCCACAGUACAAUAUGCUGCAGGGAUUCUGAUAAAGAACCAGUUGCACCUGAGUCCCAUUCAUGAAGUUUUGCAGUUUCGACCAUCGAUGAAACACAUUGAUGAGUGUGAGGCCCAACAAGUGAUGCAUAAAACUGAAGAAGUUGCUAACAAGGCUAAUAAGGGAAAGUUGGUUCUGGGGGAUUCAGCUGAUCACUUAGACAAUGCAGAGCCUUGGGUUUCACUGGAAUACCAUCCAAUAGGUAGUGAACUUUCCUGCAAAUACCAACAGAAGCUGAUGACGCAGAAAGAUUAUAAUGUCAACUUUACGAUGAGUCCGUCUGGAUAUUUGAACUCCUUGUGUCCGGGAACAACUGCUAAAGCAAACCCAAGAGUGCCUUCAUCAAGCUUCUGUCCCUCACUGCCACUGGAAGAACGAUUAAAAGAGUGGCUAUGUAAGGGGUGUCAAGUAAAUCGUUUUGCUGCUCUUACAUAUCUUGAUUCUACCAUUCCGAAAGAAGAUUUCUUGAAGGUGCUCGAAAAGUUUGCAUUUUUGGUACAAGGAUUAUGGGUUUCCAAAAGUUCUUUGAUAUGUGAAGGUUAUGAAGCUCAACUGAGAGACUACAUCCUUUUCCUGUUUAGUCAGAAUCAUGUGAUUAAGCAGAGCAAGCUCAAGGAGCUAAAGAUUUCUGAUGAGGAUCUGAGACAAUUCCUAAGACCAUUGGCUUAUGAAAGGCUUUCCCUUGGUGAUUGGAAACUAAGAGAAGAGCGUGAUUCAUCAUUUAUAAAAGAACAUUUAGAAAUUGUAAAGGAACAGGAAAUUGCUUGGUUAAACAGAGGUAAGCAUAUAAAAGAAAUUUUGUCCAAACCAGGAAGGUUUCUACAUGUGAAGGCCAAGAAUUCUCCCAUCUCAAAUGUGGGCCAGAAGAAAGCUUCUGCACAUGUGGACACUGGUUCAAACAGGACUACUGAUGUUCCAGGGAGAAAACUAGCAGCAUCUAUGUCAAGUGAGAAUCGAAAAUCUCUCAGAAAUGCUCUUUUUCAUAUCUUUCGCGACCGCACUGCUCUCAGGUAAUGUCUGAAUUGCAUCUUGUCCCUGAAAAUGUCUUUUUUCAUGGCGCUUAUUUCUGAGGCUUGACAUUUUGAAAUUUGUCAUUACCACAGUACAUAUAACCUAAAACUAUGGUGAAAAUUGACUUUCAAUUUAAGUUUUAUUUAUUUAAUUAUUCUCAUGACCCACAAAGUUCAGGUAUCUUCAAGAGUAUGUUUCUCCUCAUAUUAUAUAUAGUCAAGCUAUCCAAUGUGGGAUUCAUAUGUCCAACUUUAGUAAAUGGCAACUUUCCUGUUGUACCGGUGGUUUGCACUUUAUUGAUCUUGAUGUCUAUGUUUUUACUUGCUACCUUUUCUUUUUAUAUUCCAUCAAUAUUCUUUCAUGAAGUGUGAUGUUGAUUACAGUGAGAGAAGUUCACAUGGACUUAAUGUACACAUGCUUGAAAGUGUAUUUGAGCUUUUUUAUGCUAGGGUUGAAUGUCUAUUAGGAAAUAAGGAACAUAUACUCAUUCAUUUCUCUUCUUCUGUGCUCUAUUUUCUCUGCAAAAUAUGAUGUGAAUCUUUGCUUCCCAUUUAGCAGAUAAGGCUUUGUUCUAGAAGUAGAGUUUACCAUAGUAACCUGUUGUUAAUUAAAGUUUGUAUCUUGGGGAUUGAUCCAACCUUGAGAAUUAACAUAGUUGUCAUUAGAAUGAUCGGAUUUCUCUAUUAUGGCAACUUUAAGUAUCAUUUAAAUUAUUAGCUACCUCUUUAGUGGUUUACUAUCAAGCUGACAAGUUGAUACACAGUGACAUUGCCACAAGAAAUAGUCUCGGUUCUGAAGCUGUUACGUAUCAACUACUAGUCUGUCAUUCACAUGGUGAUAUUUGGUUUUAAUAAUGUCCAAGACCAAUGUUUUACAUAGAGAAGUUGCCAUAUUGUGUCAUGAUAUUCGUAGGCAGAGUAAAGUGGCAGAGUCAGGAUUUUUUAUUUGGUUUUAUUUUUCUUUUU